ACGCGACUGAAUAGGUUGACCGCGUUAAUGACAUAGGAGCUAUACAAGGCCACCCUAAUUUUCUUGUGAAGCCCUUGUUAUUUUUCGAGAUACCUAAAGACCUGUUUACGAGUUACGAAUACCCCCAUUUCCUCCCAACAUGGCGAUGAGUAAGUGUCUCCCCAAAUAUUUUGGAGAUUUGAGCUAAUGAGUGCCUUGUAGAUAUUGAUAUGUCCCAGGGUAAGAAGAAACCGAGCUGGAACUGGGGUCUAUGUGCUAAUAAUGUUUGAUGGCAGCUUCGGUCAUCAAGGACGAACAAGGACGGCCAUUCAUCGUGGUUAGAGAGUAGGAAACACCCCCUCCAAACAAGCUACCCCUCUAACUCUUCGCAGCCAAGGAAAGAAGAAGCGUCAACACGGAAACGAAGCCGUCAAGUCACAUAUUCUCGCCGCCAGAACAGUAGCCAAUAUUGUCAAGACCUCAUUAGGACCCCGCGGGCUCGACAAGAUUCUCAUUUCCUCUGAUGGAGACAUCACAGUCACAAAUGAUGGAGCCACUAUUUUGGGACAGAUGGAGAUCUCCAACCACGUUGCGAAGCUACUCGUAGAGCUUUCAAAAUCACAAGAUGACGAGAUUGGAGACGGCACAACAGGUGUGGUUGUUUUGGCAGGUGCAUUAUUGGAACAGGCAGCGGAACUCAUCGACAAGGGAAUCCACCCAAUCCGAAUAGCAGAUGGUUAUGAUCAAGCUUGCGAUAUUGCCGUUGCUGAGUUGGAGAGGAUCGCGGAUACUAUCGAGUUCACGAAAACACAUAAAGAGAAUUUGGUAAAGGUCUCGAGGACAAGUUUGGGAAGCAAGAUCGUUUCCAAGGCCCACGACCAGUUUGCAAAUAUCGCUGUAGAUGCUAUCCUUUCCGUCGCAGAUCUGGAACGCAAAGAUGUCGAUUUUGAUUUGAUCAAGGUUGAUGGAAAGGUUGGAGGGUCGCUCGAGGACUCUUUACUAAUUCAGGGUGUCAUCGUCGACAAGGACUUUUCUCAUCCACAAAUGCCAAACGAGGUUAGAGAUGCUAAGAUUGCUAUCUUGACAUGCGCCUUUGAGCCACCGAAGCCAAAGACCAAGCACAAGUUGGAUAUCACAAGUGUGGAAGAGUUCAAGAAACUACAGAACUACGAAAAGGAGAAGUUUGAGGAGAUGAUUGCUCAGAUCAAAGAGACUGGUGCAAAUCUCGUCAUUUGUCAAUGGGGUUUUGAUGAUGAAGCAAACCAUCUCCUGCUACAAAACAAACUGCCCGCCGUCAGAUGGGUGGGAGGACCAGAAAUUGAGUUGAUCGCCAUUGCAACCAACGGACGAAUAGUACCCAGAUUCGAGGACUUGUCAGCAGCAAAACUCGGAAAGGCAGGAGUCGUCCGAGAGAUGAGCUUUGGUACAACAAGAGAAAAGAUGCUGGUUAUUGAGGAAUGUGCAAACACAAGAGCCGUCACCAUCUUCGUUAGAGGGAGCAACAAAAUGGUAACUACAUGCUUUUUCGAGCCACAUAUGGAAUUUGCUAACGUGUAACUUCAGAUCAUCGAUGAGGCUAAACGAUCUCUUCAUGAUGCUCUUUGCGUUGUUCGAAACCUUGUACGUGACAACCGCGUGGUCUACGGUGGCGGUGCUGCAGAAAUCGCGUGCUCUCUUGCCGUGGAAGAUGCGGCUGUCAAAUCCCCAGGACUUGAACAGUACGCUAUGAGAGCCUUUGCAGAUGCUCUCGAUGCUGUGCCUAUGGCCCUCGCCGAGAACUCUGGAUUGUCCCCCAUCGAGACGCUUGCCAGCAUCAAGAGCCGACAAGUUACCGAGAAAAACACGAGACUGGGAGUGGACUGUAUGCAAACUGGAAGUAAUGAUAUGAAAGAUGCAUUUGUUAUUGACCCAUUGAUUGGGAAGAGACAGCAGUUGAUGCUGGCAACCCAACUUUGUCGCAUGGUCCUGAAGGUCAAUAAUGUCAUCAUCGCAGGAAGCGAUGAGAACGAAUUCUAGGAAGUAAAUGUACCAUAGGUUUUUUAUAUUAGGCCAAAGGCAUUUUAACUAGAAGAGUUCUUUCCUGCUAUUGUUGAAGAAGGCGCCUUGCAAGUAGUAUUCCCAUGACCCAGAUAUACAAUUUCAUGCUAAUCUGCUCAUGUUAUGUAGGGGUUUGCUAGACUGGUGGCGAUGCGAAGAUUGACAAUGGAACCCCCUUGCUCACCCCUCAAAUGAAACAGAAAUGAUCUACGUGAAGAUGUUUUGCUUACAGAUCAGGUUGGCAUUUCCUUAGUAGGACGAGGCUAAACGAUAGUUGAGGUACUUGAGGGCACCGUUGAGUCGCCGUUAUGCUCAAUUAUUUUAGCACCUUUGCUCGGGCGGCUGCAG